AAAGAAAAAAAAAAAAAAAAAACAUGUAUCCCUGAAUAAUCUUUUUUGUCUAUAAAUAGCGACACCGUGGUUGAAAAACCCACACUCAAAGUUUCACUAACGCUUUACAAAAACCAUUCUUUCAGAGAAGAAUUAACGCAAAAAAAUUUUUUUAUUAAAAAAAAAAAAAACACACCUCCAUUCCCAAUAGCAGGAAAAACAAUUAAUUAUAUCUUUUUUACGAUGAUUGAUCAGUGCAUUGUGGGAGCUUUUGUGGUUUCUUUGGUCGGCCUCGUUUUGCUGUACACCCAGCUAAUCAUCAAAGGGAAGCCCUCCAAGAAAUUCAAACCAUCAUCAUCAGUUUCAUCAAAAUCCGAUCAAUGGAAGGCCGACGAGUACACGGCGGAUUCCGUCAGCUUCGACCGCCGUCAAGCUUCGCCGGAGAAAGGAGGCGAAGAAAGGACGGACGUGAUCAUCGUCGGCGCCGGAGUUGCCGGGGCGGCGUUGGCUCAUACCCUCGGAAAGGAUGGACGCAGAGUUCAUGUGAUUGAACGAGACUUGACGGAACCAGACAGGAUUGUUGGUGAACUUUUACAACCUGGUGGUUAUUUGAAAUUAAUUGAGUUAGGUCUUGAAGAUUGUGUGAAAGAUAUUGAUGCUCAACGAGUAUUUGGAUAUGCCCUUUACCAAGAUGGCAAACACACAAAGCUAUCCUAUCCUUUGGAAAAAUUCGAUGCAGAUAUUGCAGGCCGAAGCUUUCACAAUGGCCGUUUCAUUCAAAGGAUGAGGGAGAAAGCUGCAACCCUUCCAAACGUAAGACUGGAACAGGGUACGGUUACAUCUUUGAUUGAAGAAAACGGAGUUGUCAAAGGUGUCCAAUACAAGACUAAGAAUGGCCAGGAAUUGACUGCUUAUGCUCCACUUACAGUUGUUUGUGAUGGAUGCUUUUCAAACUUGCGGCGUUCUCUCUGUGACCCCAAGGUGGAUGUCCCAUCUUGUUUUGUUGGUUUGAUCCUGGAAAAUUGUCAGCUUCCAUUCCAGAACCAUGGACAUGUGGUUCUUGCCGACCCUUCACCCAUCUUGUUCUAUCAAAUAAGCAGCACAGAGACUCGCUGUUUAGUUGAUGUUCCGGGGCAAAAGUUGCCAUCCAUUUACAAUGGAGAAAUGGCAAAUUAUUUGAAGACAGUGGUGGCUCCUCAGGUUCCUCCACAGCUAUAUGAUGCUUUCAUAGCAGCAAUUGAUAAGGGGAAGAUCAGAACAAUGCCUAACAGAAGCAUGCCAGCCAAUCCUCAUCCCACUCCGGGUGCUAUUUUGCUAGGUGAUGCAUUCAACAUGCGCCAUCCGCUGACCGGAGGUGGAAUGACUGUUGCCCUUUCUGACAUUGUAGUUCUUAGGGAUCUUCUGAGACCUUUGCAUGACUUGCACAAUCCUUCCGUCCUUUGCGAGUAUCUCGAGUCCUUCUACACCCUUCGUAAGCCAGUAGCAUCAACAAUUAACACACUGGCGGGCGCCCUAUACAAAGUAUUUUGUGCAUCCCCAGACCCGGCUAGGAACGAAAUGCGGCAAGCAUGUUUUGACUAUCUUAGUCUUGGAGGCAUUUGCUCAACUGGACCGGUGGCUUUACUCUCCGGUCUAAACCCAAAACCAAUGAGUUUAGUUCUCCAUUUCUUUGCUGUCGCUGUUUAUGGUGUUGGCCGCUUGAUGAUCCCGUUUCCUUCACCUAAGAAAAUGUGGUUGGGAGCCAGAUUGCUUUCGGGCGCAUCAGGAAUCAUAUUUCCGAUAAUCCGGGCUGAAGGAGUUCGGCAAAUGUUCUUCCCAGCUACUAUUCCGGCUUACUACAGAGCUCCUCAUGUAAAACACUGAUUUACCGACUAGUCUAGCUUCAGAAUAAAAGAGCAUCCAUGCAUGUCACAGUUCUUCAAAAGGAGGGGGGGGAAAAAAAAGAUUCAAGAUAUAUAUGUACUACCGUAAAUCGUGCUUUGUAGCUAUCUUCGAAAUUUUUUGACAUUUGUUGGGGUUCAUUCCCAUUGCAACCUGUACCAUAUAUACAACUUAAUUUCUUCCGAUCAAAGGCAAUCACUGAUACCUAGUAUUUUUGAGUUGUGACUUCGAGAUAAAGAAAUAUAUGAGGCUAGCUGUCUUUGAUUGGAAGUUGGAACAUAUAUGAUCAAAAAACCAGUUCUUUGUUAUUGUAAUAACACAAAGGUUCAUGAACCAAAUAACUGCAAGGACAGACAUUGACGUAAAACUCCUAAAGUAGCUAUUGGAGGUUCUGAAAUUUUGAGGGCUCAAUUUCAACUAACUUGGGUGCCUUUAUGUCGCAAGUGACAACUUAAUGACUAGUAUUAAACUAAAGUAUUAUGAUGAAAGUGAACUAUUUUUCUAAAACGAGGAGAAU